UUGUGCUGCAUGUAGAUCUCGCAGCUCUGUACAUAAGAUCAAUGUGAUCUGUCACCUCGGGUUUGACACACAAUUGGAUCUUGUCGUCGGGCGUCAGCAACAGCGUUGGGCACUAGAAUUGCACAGAUUUAUUCCGAAAACCGCCGACAUGGAUAGACGAACCUCCUUGGACGACAGCUUCAACGACCAGGCACUUCCUAUUCCUAUACAAAUCUUCCUCUGGCGUCAAGUCAGCCCUUUCAUUAGACCGAAACUUGGAAAACUCCACGAAGCCUCUUGUAUGUUUUGUCAGCACGCACCUGGUCAUCAUGAGCUAAAAGAGGCAUGCAAAUCGUUCGAGAAAGUACUUGUACAGAACAUUCAGUUUGGCCUUUCUCCAAGUCUAACUGAAGCUAUAAAGUCCAUUCCUCGAUGGAGAUUAAUACAGGCUUCUUUACCGCAUGUGCUACAUUGCGCCGCAAGUUUACUGCAUAAUAGAAAAGACACCAACUUACAAAAUCUUGGAGCAGCAGAAACUAAACUGUUGUACACGUUACACUGGAUUGUCCUAGAUGCUGCGGAAGAGUGUGCUGAUGCUGACUAUGAAAAAGGGAUUUACCACGCUUCGCCGUUCUACUACCUGUUCUCCAUCCCAGCCAUCUCACUGUUUAUAUAUCUUUUUGCACCAAUCUGUCAUCAUUUGAAGGAGUCAGACUUUCAGAACUACCGUCUAGAAAAUGGGUUGAAGAUUUGGCAAGCAAUGUGGGAAUACCAGCAUCCUGACACGGCCUGUUUCACAUCUCAUGUGAAACCCAAGCCACAAGCACUUUGGGCCAAGAUGUUGAAGUGCCCCCUGCCACAGUUUGGUGACGUAUUUCUUGGUCGAAAAUGUUCGAGUGAAGAAGGUUUCAUGGGUACAGAGAGUCCACCAAGCCAGUCAGCGAGCGUGUCUUUCUCUGAUCAGGCUGGAGUUAUUCGUGUCGAGUGUCGACCAGGAGAUGAGGAGAACUGGUUGUCCUCACCCAAGGACACAAUCUUCCCUGAAACAAUUCCGGAAGAGAGUUCCAGUACUGAAGAGGAGCAUGUUGUAAUUUUUCGUCUUCCUUCUCUCCCUGAGUCUGAUACUCUAAAAGAGUCUUCGAUUUAUACGGCUGAGACCAGCGUUUUCCAUGUAGCUAUGGGUCGUAAUGACAUUUCAACAAAAUCCACCCUGACCAUUGAACAAGUCACUGCCAUAUCUGGUUCGGAUAUGAAGCAGCUUCGGACCAAGCCGGCACCUAUACAAAAAAUGGGGUCUUCUACAGAUAAGGACUCCAUAGGAAGUAACAAACAGCAAGAACCAAUUGGUGCUGUUAAAACACAAGAAAAUGGUCAAGGGACUGGUUCAAGUCCUGUAGAUAUCUGUUCAGCUACAUUUCUGGAUGUGGCUGUUUUACGAUGCCUUUUUAUUCCCGAGUGGCAGGAGGAAGGUGUGUAUUGGGCUCUUCAGUUUUAUUAUCACAGGUUGCAUGAGAUCAGUGAUUAUGCUUCAUCUCAGCAACAGCCCAGAAAACGUAGCAAUUCUCUGCCCAUUCCAAAGAUUGAAGUUUCCUUAUACCAAAGUCCAGAACUAAUGAAACAAGAAUCCAAAGAUUUCAUGGAAGUGCCUGAAGUUAAAGAUGUAUCAUACCUUACUGAAUCUCCUUACUUUGGGCAGAAGCAACCGGAUGAUCAAGGUAGCCACGUAAGGCGUGCCAGUGAAAAAGUGAAAAAGAGAAUGAAAAUGGCUGAUCUUAAAGCAUUUGUUGAAACCAAACUUCUCUCAAUAUCAGAAAAAACUCUGGAGAAAAUUGGUCGUGAUGAACCAAAAGUAUUUUAUGGACAGGACUACCACCGCAGCCUGGACACGGGGGACGAGCAUCUGUCCCGCCCUUGUUCUGCAUUUGCGAAGAUCUUUGAACCUAAAUCUGACCUAGAUAAAGCAAAACAUUCAAGUAAUCUUGUUAAAGGGAAAAGCAUGCCAAGUCUCAGGUACAUAGGUGAAGUGCAUUCUGAGAAGGUGAAACAGACUAAUUCAGUGGUUGGAAAUCAACCCUGCUCCGUUAAAAACCCUAUCAUAACUGUGACUGAACAUACACCAACUCCAUCGCCAGAUUACAUGAAAAGACAGGGUUCGAUUGACAGUCAGUUGGAUGCCAUAAGUCUGCAAGGCAGGAAACUGAAUCAAGAACGAAAAACAAGUCUUACUCGUUCUCAGACUGACUCCAACAUAACAUACACUGGUGAAGAAGUACCAGAAGCUCAGGGUUCGAUGUGUUACAUCACUAAAGAUGGAGAUAUUGAUUAUCAGGUUGUCCUUAAGGCAGUUCAUUCUGCAGCUGUCCGAGACAAUGUGUGCUGUACGCUUAGGGUGUGUGAAGUAAUCCUCAAUCUUGUGGAGUUACUUAUGGAUAUGGGUGUACUGAAACAGUGUCUCCGUGAUGAGGCAGCUGCUUCUGGAGGAGAAAACCAUAAUGUCGGUGGUUCAUUGUAUGCUCACGGACACGGUCACCAUGUUUCUCAGCAAGGCAGUGGCAAAAGACCCAAAGGGACAGAAUAUGUUUCUCCUUCCGCUGAAAAAGGCAGAAAACUUUCUUGCGGAAGUCACAAGGGGAUUGCAAAGCUCCAGACUCCCCACAGUCUCAUUAUGAGCUGUGUUAUCAGGGUUUUGAAACACUUGGGAUGCCCACACGGAUGUGCUGAUGGCCAACGAGGUCCACCCGCAGACUUCCUACGUUCACAGGGACAAACUAUACUGUCCAAAUUGCACCGUGCCAGUCCCAGACAAUUUUCACGGUUCCUUCGUGAGAUGGUGUGUAAUCAGUCCAUAUCUGAUAUACUUGACUUCUUCCAUGCAUAUGUUGGGUUUUGUGUGGAUCCCAGUUCUUUGCUCUCACCGCUAAACCAAAAGCGUAGUUGCAGCAAGUCACCAGAUAUCAUAUCUCAAGGGGGCUAUGCAACCAAUUUUGGAGCUGGCCUUGGUGGCGGGGGUAGUCGUGGCAUUGAAGGUCAGAUAAUGGCCAGCGUUUUCAAGGCUUUGGUUACACGAAUGGCUAAAUCUGCUAAAGAACUUAAAACACAGGAAAACAUGGCUCUUUAUUGUGAUGUGCGACAACUUAUGACAUACAUAAAGGAAGCUCAUGGUGGAGUGUUUCGGCGUGUUGCACUCAGUGGUCUUCUGGAAUCUGCCAGUCGCCCCCAUAGAAAGGAACCAAACACACAAACUACAAGGGUCAUUAAGCAUCUUCAUCACAAUGAACUAGAUGACCCACCAGACAUUGGAGGAAGUUCCUGCUUUGUUAUGGAUGAAAGAGGCAGCCGGAAGAUGCUCUUUAAGAAACGAAGCACGUCGUCUACUUGUGCAAGCUUACUGGAAACUGAAUUGGGAGAAGAAAUUAGCAAAGCAAGCCAAAGUCCUCUAGGAAAUUUGCGGAAGAAACAUCACAUACUUACACCACGUCAGAGUGAAAGAAACCUUGGCACUGUGGAACUACCCCAUUCAUCAUCAAAGUCUCGCAAAUCUUCACGCUUUCAGAUUGGUGGCUUUGUUAACUGGUUCCGUCGAGAGUAUGGUCGAACGGAAUCGACCAAUAGUCGAGAUGACAAUGCUUCUCCAGUUGAAGGUGCCUUUAUUCGCCAAGCCUCACUACAUUAUUCUCACAGCAAAAAUUUGCAUAAAGCUGGUAGUAGUCAAAUGGGUCAUACAUUACAGAAAGCUAAGAGGCGAAUGGAAGACCAUUUUAACAAAUUUGGCUUUGGAAAAAUGAAGAAGAAGGAUGGAAGUGUGGAAGAAACUCCAGGAAGCUGUUUAAGUCGUCACAACUCCUUAGAACUAGGCGAUCAUUCUCGUGAAUCAGAGUUUGUGGUACUGAAGGAACGGAAACUGGUGCCUAUCUUGCCAAUACGAAUUGGUAUGUUGAGGUUCUCGUUCUUGCUGGAAACUUGUCAGCCUGGGUCCAUGCCAGAUCCUCAUCUGCUGGCUGCGGCACUCGACCUGCCACAUGCACCAGUUGUGUCAAGAGCUGCCCUGUUUCUGGAAUGUUCUUACUUUGUGCAUUGCUGCAACAAGGGUCAGUGGCCGAAUUGGAUGAAACUCAACUUCCCUAUCUUCAGGCCUUCAGGGCCGCUGUCAAACAGAGGGGCUCCCUCAGGAUUGCGACGUAUUCACAUCUUGCAGCGUACAGCUGGGAAGAUGUUCCAUCAGUGGGCAGAGGCGGUUGGGGCAAGACUGGAAGAGAUGGUGCAAGAAGACAAACAGCAUGUCGCGGAUUUUGUUUCUAUGGUAACAGAGGAGUGUCAGCAGAAGGAACUUCUUAUGGUGGAUGAGGAGGAAGACUUCUUGGAUGAAGCCAGUGUUAACCUCUACGGAUUAGAGUGCCCCAUUGCACUUAGGCUGUUGGCCUGCAUACUGCUAUUGGAGAUAACAGCAUUUCUGCGGGAGACAUAUCAGACCCUACCAAAAUCAUGCAGAUUAUCUGCCAAAGAACGUCCAUCUCCAUGGGAACGAAUGUGCAGUCGCGAAGUUAAUCGGCGAUGGAGCAUGGCUCUUUCCUCCAUGGGUCACUCUCAGACUUCUGCACAGAGUCUGCAGUCUAUCGUAGGAGACAAGGAUGCAGCCCUUCAGUCUGAGCGAAAGAUUAGUUUUGUCCUUCAUGAACCUGACAAUGGAUCAGAGGGAAGCAGCAACACUACUGUAACAAUGCAGGGAGAGGAGAAUCAGACUCUAGAGGAUAAGAAGGGCCGUCGGUCACACCCAUCUGGGCGCCCCUUUCUUCUUCGGAGAGGAACAGCAGGAGCCACAAGUGGGUCCUUUAAGAGACGAAGCCUUAAACUCAGACGUGGCAAGGAGGCCAAAGAGAUUCUUGACUGUGAUUUUUCAGUUAAACGCACGGAUUCAGUGCAAUCAAAACGGAAGGUAAGUUCACUGUCUGAUCGAAGUGACACAUCAGAACAGGGUGUAGGAGACGUCAGUGGGGAGGAGUCUCCGGGAAUACUGAGUGACGACCAGCCGCUUGAGAGUCCAAGUGACAGCAAUGACACGGACGACACUGCCAAGAGUAUGCCAUGGAUGAAGGUGGUUGUGCAAGUAGCAAACUCCUUUAACUUCUACUGUUCACACCAGUCUUUCUGCCAUCCUUUCUGUUAUCGACGUCAUAUGCGGGCUUGCUCGAGGCUUGUUAAGUCUGUGAGAAGGAUAUAUGGAGAGGAGUUUGGAAUAAUGGGUGGAAAUGCUAGGGAGUCGGAUGGUGAAAAGCAUCAGCGAGAAGAUACCAAGAAGGACAAGUCUCGUGGAAGGAAAGUAUCAGAGCAGACAAGUACUCAGGCAUCACCCAUUAGACGAAAAGACAGCGUCGGUAGAAAAGAUAGAACUGAGCGCAAUGCAGAUGGAUCACAUUCUGGUCGCCCGGCUGGAAGUCAUAGAGAUUCGUCUAGAGACAUUGCUGACCAAAGUAUUGAAAAAUGUUAUGGUAGCCAACAGAAGUCAUCUGUGGUAUCUGCAGCAAAUUUACCUUCAGGGAAAACUCUGAAGAAAGAUGAAACUGAGAAACUUAAGGAGCAGCCACCUAUUUUGAAAUAUAUAAAAACGCAGGUUCGUGAUGUAUUCCACGCACCGCUGGCAGUUCUAGUGAAGGGGGCUGUAAUUCUUUCUGAGGAGUAUUUCGUGGACAUAUUGCCCAUUGCAUGGGAGCUCUUGCUGGAGGCAAACCAGGAAGUAGCUGCUACUGCUGCAUCCCUGUUCAUCUUAGCAGCUGUGAGGGCUCCGAAUCAAGCAACGGACACAAUCCAUCAUGGUCUGCACCAUCAAGAUCCAGCAGCAAGAAUAAAUGCCAUAUUAAGGUUUCAAGUGCUGUGGAAGCUUCGAUACCAGGUAUGGCCUCGGAUGGAGGAGGGUGCUCAUCUGACGUUCAAAGUGCCACCACCUGGUAUAGAAUUUACCCUUCCAUCACCUAAAAUAGGCAUCGAGUCUUUACCGGUUGUUGAUCCACCCUGGAUGCCACAGGUGAAGACAAAAGUGGAAGAGGUUACCAUCAGCCAGGAGAGUCAUCGAUCACUAGUUACAGCCACUAAGACUCGUAAGAAGCAGCAGACAGAACUGAUCAAGAUGGCACUGCAGGCACAAGAGGACAAAAGACGUACAGAGCGCGAGAACUUUCUCAUCACAACCAUUCCCAUUACAGUGCAAGCUGCGUAUGAGCCCAGUCUCUAUCACGCAGUUGGUGAUGACCACGACGAAGGCGAUGAAGAGCAAACAGAAACCCAACCACGCAAUGCAGCGCACCAUGUUCACUCUGCACAUUCGCUGUUCCCGUCCAGCCUCUGCUCUGCAGUGAUUCAGAUCAUCAACCUCCUUGAUGAUGCAGCUGUUUCGCCAGAUGGUAAUGCUGUUUAUGAAGUGGCUUAUCAGGUAAUCUGGAGUUGUUUGGUGGAGGACAGUGCGCUGUUCUUACGUUACGUCCUGGAGAGACUCACACGAGACAAACAGGAGAUGAUGUUCAAAAUCCUUCGCCAUUUGAUCCGGUUCAUUCCCAAACUUCCGCAACAAGCAGCGUUUGCUCUUUAUAAUUAUAUUAUUGGCUAUGUGAUGUUCUAUGUAAGGUCACCUCAGGAGGAUAGCCAGAAACUUAUAGGGACUGCCCUUUCUGUUCUCUGGAUGGUAGUGCACAGUGUGCAUGGGAUAAUGUUUAAGGACCUGAAACAAAUUCUAAGGAAGGAACAGUGUGAUGCAUCAAUUCUGCUUACAGCAAAUGUGCCAUCAGCUAAGAAAAUCAUUGUUCAUGGACCACAAGAGCAAGAUGCUGGAGGCAUUCCAUCACAGUUUCCAGUACAAGAAGACACCCAGUUCUGUCAGAUUCUAAGGGAAUCACUAGAUUUCUUUGGUAUUGAGGAACCCAGACACAAAGAAUUCUUCCUCGUAGACCACAAAACUCAUCAGAUUCACAAUCCGUCGGCAUAUGUGAGAGAUUACUACUUCUUCAAACGCUCGCAGUAUCCGCAGCUGGAACUUGUUCACAUGAAACCUGAGGAGGCGUUCAACGCUCUUCAGCGACAGGAGUUGAUACAUAAAUUUGUUGAGAUUGGGAAAGUAUUGCUUACAUGGGCCAUCCUCAAGAAUGUAGACAUGGUGGUGCAACGUGUGGUGUUCUUACAUGAAGAAUUAAUGAAGUUGCCUUCAUUUCCACGCAAGGCUCUGGAAGCUGAUCUUGAUUUGUAUAAAGGAGGUGAAAUGGGCAAGGAACUUCUAGGCCUCGAUGUGCUACAUAAGUUUAUGUGGGUCCGACUCAUUGCCAGAAUGUUUGAGGCAAUGGCGGGAAACUUUGCCUAUUCUGGCGAUAUCCACUUGUUCCUCAAUGUUCUUAACGGUGCUGUGAUACUUCACAGCGAAGAUGCAUGCAUUCUCCGUUACGUGACAGCAACAUACAUCAAUGCCGCGCACAAUUUCAAAAACAUAUUUUCUACCAAUGGGUAUUUGCUCAUAAUGCCCACACUUCUUCAAUUGUACUCAAAUCAUCAGACUAAUAAACUGGUGAGGACAACUGUUGAAUACACCGUCAAACAGUUCUAUCUAAUGAAUCGGAAACCAUUUAUUCUUCAGAUGUUUGGUAGCGUGUCAGCCAUUUUAGAUACUGAUGAUGAAAGCUUGUAUGGUGAUGCACAUAAGGUCCAGUCAAACUGUUUGUUCAAUCUCUUGUUGAGUUUGGAAACCCCAUCACCAGAUCCACUAAACAUAGGUGAAUUAGUAAGAGAAGAAAAACCAUUGAAGGCAAUAGACUUCUGUUACCAUGAUGAGAGUGAAAUGGUAACUGUCCUGGACUGCAUUUCACUGUGUGUCAUGGUCGUGGCGUAUGCAGCCGACUCAGUCCGGGGCCAUCAGAUGCUGACAAUCCUAGAAGCAAUUUUGCCGUGCUACGUGCAGCACAUCCAGCUUCCGAUCUACAAGAAAGAGGGAAAGACUGAGAAGGAAAUAAUUCAUCAGCUUGCAGUGGCUAUCAGGACUCUUAUCAACAACUGUGAAGCUCUUGCAAAGAAUUACAAUGGCCCACAGAGGGCAAGUCCUGAGCACAAGGGCUCAAGUCAGCGUAAUUACAGCCGAGGUCCCUAUUCUCCUGCGUUUGAGUUUGAGGAGGACUCGCACUCUAGAUAUGUGAGUGACCACAGUAGAAGCAAAAUCAUUUAUGAACGAGACAAGGAAGAUUCUGAGGUGCUGCGAAGUGAAUUUCGACGUCCACGGGAUAUUCUCCUGUCCAUGGUAGCAGAGUUUCACACAAAGUGCACAGUUCGGUUGAAUGAGAUCAACAAGAAAUCAGGCCAGGAUAGCAAGACCAUCGAGCUUCUGGACAUCAAGUCACAUGUGCGCCUAGCUGACAUCGCUCACAGUCUUCUAAAAGUUUCUCCAUAUGACCCAGAUACAAUGGCAUGUCGAGGUCUCCAACAUUACAUGAGCGAUAUACUGCCCUCGACUGAGUGGACUAACGAGGCGAUGAGGCCGGCAUUAAUCUCCAUCCUUCGAAGACUCGACAAAACUUUCAACAAGAUAUACAAGAAACCAUCUAUUAGGCGUCAUACAGAUUGGGAGGCUGCAGCUGGAUUACUGAAGGGCAUUUAUGAGACUCUUGCCCGUUACCCAUACUUAGUUCAUAUGCAGCACCUCAAAACUCUCAUUAACACAUGCCAGGCUCUGAUAGUUGGAGAGACAACAUCUGCUGGCAUGGGUGAAUGUAUGCCUUCAGCCACAGCUGCUCUGAUGUGCCAAGUUCCCCCUCCGCACUUCUGUUCAACUGUUGUCCGCCUCAUAGCAUUGCAGAUAUUGGCAGUAGGCGAAACGUAUUCUUUAGAGCAGGUGUGUGGUGGUAAUUCCACGUUCCCAACUCAUGAAAAGACGGAGAAUAUGCUUAUGAAUCUUCUCAUGCCUUUGUGCCUCCGUGUUGGUAGCGGCAGAAAAGAUGUACCUCAUAUGAGACAGGUAGACAUCAGCUUUGCUCUGACUGUUGUACUCCAUGCCAUGAACCCACCUGCUAGCAAGACAGCUCCUGUUACGGCCCAGAACAUCAAGACUGCGUCUGAGAUGAGAGCUGGGAGCCUCACUUAUAGUGGCAGAGGUGACAACAAGAAGCAUCACAAAGUAUCCAGUUUACUGUUUAAAGUUUCAUUUCUCGCUCUGAAAAUAAUGAUUAUCUGCUUUGAAGGUGAAAUGGUUGCCGAUUGGCCACGCAUAGCACGGACAAUCAGAGACCUUGGCAAACGCAAUGAAGCUGGUUCCAUUUGGUGGAAUUUCAUAGAUUUUGUUGUGUCACAGAGAAUACCACUUUUUGUACUGCUGCAGCAUUACAUCUUGUUUAAGCUUUGUCAGCCUCCAGUGACGGACCAUGAACGCUACCUUCAGUUUCUUAUCAGAGAGAAGCUCAAAGGGUUCAACUUGCCCAUUGUGAAGUGUAAGGGCAUGCUGCUUAUGGACCUGGCACACGAGAUGAAGGAGCUAAAAGAGGAAUUAGAAGAUCACAGAUAUGACAUUCAACAAGGGCACCAUGGUCCAGGUCAACCCACUGAAGGGGGAGCAGGGCCACACCAGCGUCAACAGCGGCCUUCAGUCAUUGACCUGCUGACAGGUGACCAUGGUACAGGAAAGGAUUCCAUGGCUAAACCUGAUACUACCACAACCAGUCAGCCAGCUCGUCAAGUUCUUCCCGUAACGCAAGCCCGGAAUCGCUGGAAUGUUGCUGCUAAGCUAGCGUGUGUUAUGGCUGCUGCAGAAUCAGUGUCAAGUGUGAGUUUUGGGUCAAGUCAUUCAGCAGCCACAGCAGCACGUGGCACUGGGGAAACCAUAGGUGGUGGGGUUGGGUUUACCCAGACCUCCACCCCAGCAAACUCGCUGGUGGCCCCCAAACUGCCAUUAACAGACAAGUCCCAACAAUCUUCCUCUUCUUCUGCUAGCGAUGAACGUAAAUUGUCAAGUCAAAAGUUUGACGCUUCUUUACCACAGCAGAAAACAUCCAUUCGAUUUGUCUCUUCUGUAGAAUGUAAACAUUCUUCAGGGGAAACAUCAAGCACUCCUCUGAGUCCCAGUAGCCCGGCUGACGAAAGUUCGGGUGAGUUGAGCGGGCAUCCCAACAAGCCACGUCUCCAGCGCUCCAAAGCUCAGAGCAGGAACACUUUCAGACUUCGGAGGAGUAGGAAAAGCCGUAUUGAGGUAUCCCACAUUAAGGUUGAACCAUCUGAGCUAUCAGUUGAAGAUAAACAAGAACAAGAAAAUUUUCCAAAGCAACAACAACAACAACAACAACAACAAAAACACAAACUGCUUUCACAACAACAGCAGAAGCAGGCAUCAACAGCUGACAUUCCAUCAAGACAGCCAGCUGUUGUGCCAGUCAGUUCAGCAGCUGCAACUUGCCAGCAGCUGCCCAGUGCAUCUGUGUUAUGUGCACGGCGGCUAUCUGUUCGCCAGUCUCGCUCUUCUGACAAUGCUCAUUCCUCUGUUGCUGAUGUAUCAUGGGAUGAGGUGUCACAGACUUCAAGUACUUCAGGGUACAGGGAGUCAUACAGUCUACUCAUGAUGGCACUGGAAGGUCCUCCUACACCCACCGGUGUUGUUGCCGCGACAUCCGUCAAUAAUAGGGCUUCCCAGCCACCACUGGCUUCUCCUGAUGUUCAUGAUCUGCCAUCCACCAGCAGUGCCGCUACCAACCAAAUGGCUGCAGAGGGUAGUUCACCGGAAUCUUCCAUCAAUAGCGGAGAAGACUUGGCACUGCUUGAACAUUCUGUUCCUCAUUCUUCAUCACUGCAUUCUCUGUUCAUGGCAUUUGAACCUCAGGAUGAAGACACACUUAUUUAAGUACUGAAUCAAACAGCUUGAUUGUUAUCAUCUGAUCAAGAAAUUCCCUGUUUUUAUUGAACACCAUGUUUACAGAAGCCCAACAUUGAAACCUAUCCUGAACCAGUUGUGUCCACUCAAUCCCCUCACAUUCUCCUCCAGAAAAGUUUAAUUCGUUGUUAUUCUCAUGCUUUAUUUCCCGACUCAUCUAUUCCUUUGAGCUCUCCUGAUCAAAUUUGUGUCAUGUCAGCGACAAGAUCUCAGGAAACAAAGUGGUUUUAAAGAAUAGUUCUCUAGUACUGGAUUUGAAUUUUAUUUUAAAAUAAAUUUUUAAAGAUAUUUUAAAAGAACAAUAUGAAAUAAAAAUUACAUAAUCUAAUCUUCUAACAGGAUUCAAGUUUGAGUCGACUUCAGUAAGGCCACUGCCUCAGUUUUGCUGUUUGUUCUUGUAUCACUGGCUAAAUGUUGACCACGUACAUUCAAUUAUGAUACUGGACAACUGAUUUUAGGUCAUUCUAGCUGCUUUGUGUGGUCAUUUUUUCCCCAUUUUACACUUUUCUGCCCUUCACACUUGAAAUAAAACUUCAGUGGUUGUAAGAUGUGUUUCACCACAGGUACACUCCAUGCUCUGCCCAGAAGUUGUUGUCGUUUACUGAAGUGAAGAUUCCCAGUGUCUGUGUAAUGGAGUGGUAAACCAAAGACAACUUCCAGUUCUGUCAUCCAUAGUGUGUCCAUGUUCCCAUUCAUAUUCGCACGAAAUAUCCUAUUCUUACCUGAAAUACCAAAUAAAUACCAACAGUAGUUAAUUUUCGGCAUAGGAAUGUAAAUUACAGACUGGAGUUCGGGGCAGCAAAAAGUAUUACCUUUCUGUAGGAUUUGAGGUUUUCAUGGCAGUGAGUCUGAAGAUGGCUGUCUUCUGGGCUGUUGUGCCAUGUAGUUCGGUAGAAGUUUACCAGAUUACAUGGCGCAACAACCCAGAAGACAGCAAUCUUCAUUACCUUUCUCUUCAAAAAUUCGUGAUAAGGAACUUUUUAACAAGUCCAAAAACAUUUAUUUAUUUAUUUAUUUAUUUAUUUGCCUUAGACAGAGAGAUGACCUCCGAUUAUAAGAGGCUCCCACAGUGUAAUACAAUACAUGACUGCUCUAGGAUUACAGAAAAACAAAAGAAUCACAUACUUCUAACUGUAUGGAUUGUGAAGCGUAAUGUCACUCACCCUGAAGAAGAGAGUUUGACCUGGCAUCAGACAUUCAUCUAGUUUCACAUUGAUCUCAGGAAGCACUGUCCUCCCCAAGCCCGGAAUGUUGCCUCAGAAAAAACGUGCCUGGCGCUGUGCAGACAACCAUGAUGCAUCAAUAACGACUAGAUCACAACCUAGGAACCUCCAAACACAAUAUAUUACACAUGCAAUUUGUCAUGAACGUUUCUGUUGUAACUUCGUUACCUAGAUAUAAUAUUCCUGAAGCUGCAUGGCAUUGAAGUAGUGUUUUCCUAGAUGUAAGGUCAAUUGUAUAUCUUAGGAAUCUUGAAGCAGAAAUUUAUAGAUCUUAGACCUUAGAAAUUAAAAUAUGGGUUGUCAUUAACAGAAUUACAGACUGUUUUAUGUUUCUGGGAAAUUAAUUUGAAUGUUGUGAGACAUCUCAGUUUCUGUAGUCAGACAAAUCAUCAUUCAGUACGAGUGCCAGAGUGUGCAUUGGUGAUGUGACAGUCAGUUUCUACAGAACAGAAAAAAAAAUCCUUUAAAGCCAAGUGGUAAAUAUAUGUCCCACAUGCUUGAA